GCAACAACGUUGCACUGUUUUGUAGAACUUUAUCAUUUUUCGACGUUUACCGGAUUUUUUUUUCCUGUACCGGAUUUCCCUUUUACCCCCUCAAAAAAAAAGAUCAUCUACUACUUCCCCUUCCAACAACCAGACCAGCUCAAUCUACUGCGCGUCAUCGAUGUGCGGCUGCGAACGGCUCCGUGUUCGCACGAUCGACCGGCGAUGCCUGCUUGUAAUUUCCCGCGAAACGCGCUCGUUUUCCCUGGCGCCCGUUCCGACGAUUACGCGAUUUUGUUGAUUUGCAGCUCGCCAGUGUGUCGCCAUGGGAAUUCACGGGCUCGCCAAGCUGAUAGCCGACCAGGCUCCGGGCUCCAUAAAAGACCAAGAAAUGAAGAACUACUUUGGGAGGAAGAUUGCUAUUGAUGCCUCUAUGUGCAUCUACCAGUUUUUGAUUGCCGUCCGGCAGGAUGGCAAUGUGCUGCAAAAUGAAGAUGGAGAAACCACAAGCCACCUGAUGGGAAUGUUCUACAGGACAAUCCGCAUGCUUGAGCACGGCAUCAAACCUGUCUACGUUUUUGAUGGCAAGCCCCCACAGCUCAAGUCUAGUGAGCUGGAGAAGAGAGGAGAAAGGAGGGCAGAAGCUGAAAAGAUGCUUGUUCAAGCACAGGAAAUAGGAGAGCAGGAGAACAUUGAAAAAUUCACCAAACGUCUGGUCAAAGUCACCAAGCAGCACAAUGAUGAGUGCAAGACACUGCUGACCCUGAUGGGGGUGCCCUACAUCGAGGCACCCUGUGAGGCAGAAGCUAGCUGCGCUGCCCUGGUUAAAGCAGGAAAGGUCUUUGCCACGGCUACAGAAGAUAUGGACGGUCUUACAUUUGGGACAGGUGUCCUACUCAGACACCUUACUGCCAGUGAAGCAAAGAAACUUCCUAUCCAGGAGUUCCACUUUAAUCGCAUUCUCCAAGAUAUUGGUCUGAGCAAUGAACAGUUCAUAGACCUGUGUAUUCUAUUGGGCUGUGACUACUGUGGAACCAUAAAGGGCAUCGGCCCCAAGAAAGCCAUUGAUCUGAUUAAGCAGCACGGCUCCAUUGAACAGAUUCUGGAAAACAUUGACUGCAAUAAGUACCCUCCUCCAGAGGACUGGCUGUACAAGGAGGCUAGGGCUUUGUUUUUGAAUCCAGAUGUGGUGGACUGUUCCACGGUGGAGCUGAAAUGGAGUGAGCCUGAUGAAGAUGGGCUUGUUAAGUUCAUGUGCGACGAGAAACAAUUCAGUGAGGACAGGAUCCGCAAUGGCUUUAAGAAGAUUGUGAAGAGCAGGCAAGGCAGCACACAGGGGCGACUGGACUCCUUCUUCACUGUUACUGGAUCACUGUCCUCUAAGCGCAAGGAACCUGAAAUAAAAGGCUCUGCAAAAAAGAAACAGAAGAUCGGAUCCACCAAAGGCAAAUUUAAGAAGGGCAAAUAGACUGCAAAGAGGAAACGAGGUAAAGCAGAAAGAAGAUACAGAAACUGUUGUAGAGUAUGUCAAUUCAGUCUGGAGAUGUAUAGUGUACAUGACCAAACAAUGUUUUUUGUUUUUGUUUUUUUUGUUUUUUUGGGGGGGGGGGUGUUUUUUUUUUUCAUAUUGAAAAAUGUGUAAGAACUGGGAACAUCUUAAUGAUUUGAGAAGUUUAAUGAAGAUGAGGUUUUAUCAGUCUUGUUUUCUGUUAUGGAAUAAAGGUAACUAUGA